AUGACCAACAAACCGCAAUCUCGGGGUGAAUAUCUGCUGGUCAGAAAUAUGGCCGAAAGCGAAAGAUUGGAGAUGCAAUUUAAAGCCUGGCAAGCCAAUAUUGGGUACCUGCUUCAUCCAGCCAUCAAAACGCAUGAUCAUAUGCGUAUUGCAGAUGUUGGCACAGGGACUGGGUUGGUAGCGAAUCCAUCGGAAAGGAGAAAAAUAUGGCUACGUGAGCUUGCAGAUGUUCUCCCUAGUACCUGUCAACUUGACGGGUUUGACCUAUCAGACACUAUGUUUCCUAGCAAGGAAAAUAUUUCCUUCCAUCAUCAAAACCUCCUUGAGCUAUUCCCGGAUGAAUAUCUAGGGAAAUAUGAUGUCGCCAAUGUUCGGGUGAUGAUUGCGGCUUUAUCUUCUAAUGAGUGGGAGGUUGCCGUGCGAAAUAUUAUCACGCUUCUCAAGCCAGGGGGUUAUUUACAAUGGGUCGACUGUGCCGCACAUGAGGUUGUAGUCAAAGGAGUACCCGAGGGGAAACGAGCCACUAAUGCACAACAUGGAAUCGACUUAAUCCAAAGGACUAUGAUCUCUGCUGGGAAAACACCAAAUCUCGUCGCUCUUUGUGGCACUUUCCAAAAGAGUGGAUUGGAAUCUUGUGAAGAACGGAUUUACACUCUUGACAACCCAGAAACUCGAGAAAACCUCACUCUCACAGUUGUUACUGGAAUUCAGCAUAUUCUAACUGCGGCUUUGAAUUUAGACAAGCUGGAUGAGAUGCAAACUAUUGAUCAGAUCAUGGAACUGAAGGAAGCCAUUUUAAGUGAUUUGCAUAAUGUUCCUUGUUAUUAUUUCUUUGAUGUUCACGUGGUGGUUGGAAGAAAAGCUUGA